AUGACCAAGGCCACGACCAGGGGCUACGACCAGGGGCCACAACCAGGGGCCACGACCAGGGCCACGACCAGGGCCACGACCAAGGCCACGACCAAGGCCACCCCCAGGGCCACCCCCAGGGCCACGACCAAGGCCACCCCCAGGGCCACGACCAGGGCCACGACCAAGGCCACCCCCUGGGCCACGACCAGGGCCACGACCAAGGCCACCCCCAGGGCCACGACCAAGGCCACCCCAGGGCCACGACCAGGGCCACGACCAAGGCCACCCCCAGGGCCACGACCAGGGCCACGACCAAGGCCACCCCCACGGCCACGACCAGGGCCACGACCAAGGCCACCCCCAGGGCCACGACCAAGGCCACCCCCAGGGCCACGACCAGGGCCACGACCAAGGCCACCCCCAGGGCCACGACCAGGGCCACGACCAAGGCCACCCCCAGGGCCACCCCCAGGGCCACCCCCAGGGCCACGACCAAGGCCACCCCCAGGGCCACGACCAAGGCCACCCCCUGGGCCACGACCAGGGCCACGACCAAGGCCACCCCCAGGGCCACGACCAAGGCCACCCCAGGGCCACGACCAGGGCCACGACCAAGGCCACCCCCAGGGCCACGACCAGGGCCACGACCAAGUCCACCCCCAGGGCCACGACCAGGGCCACGACCAAGGCCACGACCAGGGCCACGACUAUGGGCCACGACCAGGGCCACGACCAAGGCCACCCCCAGGGCCACGACCAAGGCCACGACCAGGGUCACGACCAAGGCCACGACCAGGGCCACGACCAAGGCCACCCCUAGGGGCCACGACCAAGGUCACCCCCAGGGGCCACGACCAAGGCCACCCCCAGGGCCACGACCAGGGUUACGACCAGGGCCACGACCAGGGGCCACGACCAGGGGCUACGACCAGGGCCACGACCAGGGGCCACGACCAAGGCCACCCCCUGGGCCACGACCAGGGGCCACGACCAAGGCCACCCCCUGGGCCACGACCAGGGCCACGACCAUGGCCACCCCCAGGGCCACCGGUGGUCUCCCUCCACACUGAUAAUGUUAUAGAAAAAAUCACAUAA